AUGUCUGUCUUGCUGGCGGACAUUGAUGCCACGUGUGCGGCGUUGGGCUACAGCGAUGGCCAGAAAUAUCAGGCGGAACCCGAUGCAGCCGAGGGUCUCAAGCACCUGAUUUGGAUCCUACGUCGGGAUCUGGACAACCACGAGUAUCGCCGCCAUUUGGGUCGCUCCAAGGUGCUCCAAACGGAUUUGGUUUACAUGCUGCCGGAUUAUGUGCACCACGAGGAGCUAUCCGACUUGCUGAUCCGCCUGCUGGUCAUCCUGACCAACCCCACGCUGCUGCUCUACAGGGAGGGUGCUCCCAAGGACAACCAUGGCCGCAAGGUGUUCAUGGAGCUCAUCGACAUCCUGCAGGGCUACAAGGCAGCCUUUGCCCGGGACAAAAUCUGGAGCUCCCUGUUCGAGAAGCUCAAGCAGGCGCUGGAAAUAGUUUUAUUGGAAGACAAUUCUAAACAAAGGGGCAGCAGUGAUAGUGAGGAGCUUUUGAGGGAUUCAGCGAACUAUUUCACCUGCCUGAUUUGCAUGCGCAUCGCCCGCACGCCCCGCGUGAGCUUCUGUGGCCACCACUUCUGCGCCUGGUGCAUCCGCAACUGGAUGAAGACAAAGGGUGCCAAGGCCAAGUGCCCCUAUUGUCUAUCCAGGAUCGGCGAGAAUACCCUCAUCACCGUUCGGCAUUCGAAGUCAUUGGAACGCUCGGUCUCGUGCCGCACCAUCGACGAGCAUCGACGUCGGAUGCUCAUGAGCGGCGAUUACAUCAGGGAACUGGCCAUUUUACCCGAGGCGGGCAUGUUCCUGCGCGGCUACAUCGAAUAUCCGCCAACACCGAUGCCCAGGAUCAAGCCCCUGCCGCCCCAGAUGCUCCGUCAGGUGUCCCUGAAUCCCACCCGGCGACAUUUCCUCAGCCCCACGGUCUUCCAGCGCGGGAUUACCUUCAUCAUCGUGCUGUUCCUAUUCGCCUUUGCCAUUCGCAGCGAGGAACAGAAUCUGCUGAUUGAACGCAUCCUGGUCCUGGUGCGGAAUGUCCUGCAGGUGCCAGCAAAUCCGGAGGCCGAGUGCCGGGCGGACAACGAUGCCAGUCUCCACGAUCAGGUCAUUUGGGCAUUGCACCAAACUGGAAUGUUGGAUCUGGUGCUAUUUGUGAUCUCCUCGCCGGAUGAGGAGCAGUUCCAUCUCCACGGACUGGAGAUUGUGUGCCUGCUUUUUAGGGAACAGAGUGCCGAAUCCCUAGCGGAUGCCUCCCUGCAGCGCAGUCUCAGCGAGAAGCAGCGGGAUCAGCAGGAACUUCUGGCGGCACGUCGCCGGGAGCGAGCCCGCCGUCAGGCUCGUCCGCCGCCGGGUCGUCACUCGCGCUUCGGCGGCACCUACGUCAUCCGGAACAUGAAAUCCGUCUCCGAUCGGGACGUUAUAUGCCACCAGGCCCUGGAGCGCGUUACAUCGAUCGACUUUGACCGGGAGAAGGAGCACCAGAAGCGCUCGCAUCGCCACGUCCAGGAGGAGGCGCAGGUGACCCGCCGCAGUGCGUUCACCGUGAGAUUGUGCCUGCGCGAAUACUGCAUCGAGGUGCUGCGCUCCGCUUACAACACGCUGGUGAGGCAGGUGCGUCGAGUCCUGGAACGCAACGCCGGCUCGUCGAGUCACGAUGACUCCUAUCUAUUGUGGGCCAUACGAUUUUUCAUGGAGUUCAAUCGUUUGAGUGGUCUACAAUUGCAGUUAGUCAGCGAAUCCUUGAGCGUGCAAUGCUUCCACUGGGUCCUGACGCGCAUGCAACAUGACAUGGACAUGAUUGUGAGCGACAAGAAACAGGCGCGUCUCUGGGCCAAGCGACUGCAUGUAGCCCUUUUGACAUUCCGGGAAUUGCUUCAAAGCCUGCUGGCACUGCAAAGGCUAAAGGAUGACAACAACGCGAUGGCCCUCUUCGAUAUGUUAUUGAACAACGUCGGCUAUGUCCUGGAGUAUCGGGAGACGGUGCUGCAUUUGUUAAUGAACUACAAUGAGGCGCACAGCACAAAGGUUUUUCUGCGCGAUGUGGUGGAAACGGCCAACGUUUUCAUUAAAAUGAUGGAGUGCUUCUGCCAGGACUCUGUGGUGGUGCAGGACAAAAGGCGAGGUGGUGGCGGUGGCCGAAAGAAGAAGCAGACGGCGACCAAGUCCAAACCGUCAACUAUUCCACAACCCACUGAGGAAGAAUUGUCGAGCAAAUGGGCUGAACUGGCAACGGAAGUGUGCAGCCUGCUGGCUACAGAAUUGGAAAUGCCGGAGGAUGAGCAGCCGAUGCCCUUUGACGCCGCAUCCGAGAAAUCCAUCGAUGAUCAGCGCGAGGAUUGCAUGAUUCGCAUAAAUAAACUGCUGCGUUCCGAGAAAGUGGACCAGGCCAUCGCCCUUCUUCGGGCUGCCAGGGAAGUUUGGCCGGAGAACGAAGUGUUCGGUGCAAUUUCCGCUGCACCGGAAGACGAGCUGCUGCUCCUGCGUGAGAUUUUCAUGUCCAACAUUACAACAGAAUUUGAAAGCAGCGGUAGCACGGAUAAGUUUUUGACAAGCGCUUUAAAGCGCAUCCAUGGCUGA